CCUCACAGCCCGCAGCGGCGGCAGCAGUUUAGUGGAAAAUGGCGGCUGGAGGAGUCUGCCCUCAGCUCCUGUAACCGAGAAUUACCGGAGAACCGAGCGCCCGGGAGCCGAGCGGAGAAGUUACCGCGUCGCGGAGGAGCUUCUGACCCCGGCUGAGAGUUACUGCCCGCGGGAGAAUGUCGCGCUGGGUUCCCACGAAGAAGGAGAAGUAUGGAGUGGCUAUCUAUAACUAUGAUGCUCGCAGUGAGGAGGAGCUGUCGCUGCAGAUUGGAGACACAGUUCACAUUCUGGAGACCUAUGAAGGCUGGUACAGAGGAAACAGAUUGAGGAGAAAGUCAAAGAAGGGUAUAUUUCCUGCCUGUUACAUACAUCUAAAAGAGGCUACGGUUGAGGGCAGCGGACCAAAGGAGACUGUGAUCCCCACAGAGCUGCCCCUGGUGCACGAGGUCACCACCACUUUGCGGGAAUGGGCUUCGAUAUGGAGGGACCUGUAUGUGGGUGAUAAGCGGGAGAUGUUUAAUACGGUGAGGGAUAUGAUCUAUGAUCUGAUUGAGUGGAGAUCUCAGAUUCUGUCGGGAACUCUCCCGCAGGACGAGCUCUCAGAGCUCAAGCAGAAGGUCACCUCCAAGAUCGACUACGGGAACAAGGUUCUGGAUCUGGAUCUGGUGGUGAGAGAUAAGGAUGGGAACAUUUUGGAUCCGGACCUCACCAGCACCAUCAGCCUGUUUAGAGCACAUGAAGCCGCGUCCAGACAGAUCGAGGAGCGAAUCCAGGAGGAGAAGUCUCAGAAACAGAACAUGGAUCUGAGCAGACAGGCUAAGUUCGCCUCCACGCCGUCCUUCGCUCUGUUCGUUACUCUGAAGAACGUGGUGUGUAAGAUCGGAGAGGACGCCGAGGUGCUGAUGUCUCUCUACGACCAUAACGAGUCCAAGUUCAUCAGUGAGAAUUACCUGGUGCGGUGGUCGAGCUCAGGCCUUGCCAAAGACAUCGAUCAGCUUCACAACCUGCGGGCUGUGUUUACAGAUCUGGGCAGUGAGGAUCUUAAGAGGGAGAAAAUCAGCUUCGUCUGUCAGAUUGUGCGAGUGGGGCGUAUGGAACUGCGGGACAACAACACUAAAAAACUGACGUCUGGCCUCAGGAGACCCUUCGGAGUAGCAGUAAUGGAUGUCACUGACAUCAUCACAGGCAAAAUGGAUGAUGAGGACAAACAGCACUUCAUUCCGUUUCAGCCGCUUGCGCUGGAUGACGCCAUCCGCCACAGGCAGCUGAACAUCUCCCGUUUUUCACCCAGGGUGGCGGGAGAGAGCGACUUCCUGCAGAGCGUCAUCAACAAGGUCAUCGCUGCUAAAGAGGUCAAUCACAAAGGUCAAGGGUUAUGGGUCACCUUGAAGCUGCUGCCUGGUGAUAUCCAUCAGAUCCGGAAGGAUUUCCCGCACCUGGUGGAUCGCUCCACCGCCGUCGCUCGCAAAAUGGGCUUUCCUGAGAUCAUCAUGCCAGGUGAUGUCCGUAAUGACAUUUAUGUGACCUUGGUUCAGGGAGAUUUUGAUAAAGGCAGUAAGACGACGCCCAAAAACGUGGAGGUGACCAUGUCCGUGUACGAUGAGGACGGAAAGAGAUUAGAGAACGUGAUCUUCUCUGGUGCAGGAGACGAGGGGAUCUCAGAGUACAAGUCUGUCAUCUACUACCAGGUCAAACAGCCGCGCUGGUUUGAGACCAUCAAGGUUGCAAUACCCAUCGAGGACGUGAACAGGAGUCAUCUUCGCUUUACGUUUAAGCAUCGCUCGUCUCAGGACUACAAAGAUAAGUCAGAGAAGAUUUUUGCUUUGUCUUUUGUGAAGCUGAUGAGAUACGAUGGCACAACGCUCAGGGACGGAGAGCAUGAUCUCAUUGUCUACAAGGCCGAGGCGAAGAAGCUGGAGGACUCGUCUCUGUAUCUGAACCUGCCGGCCACCAAGCUGGAGAUGGAGGAGAAGGGCCACUUCCCCACCGGCAAGAACAUGCCCACUCUGGGGAACUGCACCAUCAGCAAGGACUCCUUCCAGAUCUCCACACUGGUGUGCUCCACCAAGCUCACACAGAACGUGGAUCUGCUUGGUCUGCUGAAGUGGCGCUCCAACAUCAGCCUUCUCCAGCAGAACCUGCGGCAGCUCAUGAAGGUGGAGGGAGGGGAAGUGGUGAAGUUUCUGCAGGACACUCUGGACGCUUUAUUCAACAUUAUGAUGGAGAAUUCUGACAGCGACACUUUUGACACGCUGGUGUUUGAUGCUUUGGUUUUCAUUAUCGGGCUGAUCGCCGACCGAAAGUUCCAGCACUUUAAUCCAGUCCUGGAGACGUACAUUCGGAAACACUUUAGCGCCACCUUGGCGUACACAAAACUGACAAAGGUUCUGAAGAACUAUGUGGAUCAUCCAGAGAAGUUAACAGACCAGCUGCUGAAGGCGAUGAAGGCUCUGGAGUACAUCUUCAAGUUCAUUGUGCGAUCUCGGGUCCUGUUUAACCAGCUGUAUGAGAACAAGGGGGAAGCAGAUUUCAUGGAAUCACUGAGGAACCUCUUCACCUCCUUCAGCACCAUGAUGAACAGUGAUGCUGAGAGCACCAGCAUGGUCAAGGGCGCAGCGCUGAAAUACGUCCCCACCAUCGUCAAUGACGUUAAAAUGGUUUUUGACCCUAAAGAGCUCAGUAAGCUGUUUACAGAGUUUAUUCUGAAGGUGCCGCCUGGCCGGUUGGUGAAGCAGAAGCUGUACUGUAUGAUUGACAUCGUCCACAGUGACCUGUUCUCACAGCAUGACUGCAGAGAGAUCCUGCUGCCGCUGAUGACGGAUCAGUUGAAGUUUCACUUGGAGCAUCAUGAGGAGCUGGAGGCUUGUUGCCAGCUGCUCAGCAACAUACUGGAGGUGCUGUACAGGAGUGAUGUGGGUCACACUCAGCUGCAUGUUCAGAUCAUUAUGGAGAAGUUGUUGAGGACGGUGAACAGAACCGUGAUCUCAAUGGGUCGAGACUCUCUUCUCAUAGGGAGUUUCGUGGCGAGUAUGACGGCUACGCUCCGGCAGAUGGACGAUUAUCACUACGCUCACCUGAUCAGCACCUUUGGAAAGAUGAGGACAGAUGUGGUGGAUUUCUUAAUGGAAACAUUUAUCAUGUUCAAAGAUCUCAUCGGGAAGAACGUCUACCCCGGUGACUGGGUCAUCAUGAACACCAUGCAGAACAAAGUCUUCCUGCGAGCCAUCAAUCAAUACGCUGCUGUGCUGAACAAGAAAUUCCUGGACCAGACCAACUUUGAGCUUCAGCUGUGGAAUAACUACUUCCACCUGGCCGUGGCUUUCCUCACCCAGGAGUCCCUGCAGCUGGAGAACUUCUCCAGCGACAAGCGAGCCAAGAUCUUCCACAGGUAUCAGGACAUGAGGCGGCAGAUCGGCUUCGAGAUCCGGGACAUGUGGUACAACCUGGGUCCACACAAGAUCAAGUUUAUCCCGGAGAUGGUGGGGCCGAUCCUGGAGAUGACUCUGGUGCCGGAGAUUGAGCUCCGCAAAGCGACGAUCCCCAUCUUCUUCGACAUGAUGCAGUGCGAGUUCCACUUCACCCGCAGUUUCCAAAGGUUUGAAAAUGAGAUCAUCACGAAGCUGGAUCACGAGGUGGAGGGAGGCAGAGGGGACGAGCAGUACAAAAUCCUCUUUCAGAAAAUCCUAUCAGAGCACUGUCGGAAGCACAAGUACCUGGCGAAGAGUGGCGAGACCUUCGUGAGUCUGGUGGUGCGUCUGCUGGAGCGUCUGCUGGACUACAGGACCAUCAUGCACGACGAGAACAAAGAGAACCGCAUGAGCUGCACCGUUAACGUUCUGAAUUUCUACAAGGAAAUUGAGAGAGAGGAGAUGUAUAUCAGGUACCUGUAUAAGCUGCGUGACCUGCAUAAGGAGUGUGAUAACUACACAGAGGCUGCCUACACUCUGCUGCUGCAUGCCAAGCUUCUCAAGUGGUCUGAGGAGGCCUGUGCGGCUCAUCUGACUCAGAGAGACGGUUAUCAGGCGGUUACUCAGGGUCAGCUGAAGGACCAGCUCUACCAGGAGAUCAUCAACUACUUCGACAAGGGCAAGAUGUGGGAGGAGGCCAUUAUUCUGGGGAAGGAGCUGUCUGAGCAGUACGAGAACGAGAUGUUCGACUUUGAGCAGCUGAGUGCUUUACUGAGAAAGCAGGCACAGUUCUAUGAGAACAUAGUAAAGGUGAUCAGGCCAAAACCGGACUAUUUUGCUGUGGGUUAUUAUGGUCUGGGCUUCCCCUCCUUCCUCAGGAAUAAGAUGUUUAUCUACCGCGGGAAGGAGUACGAGCGCUGGGAGGAUUUCGUGGCCAGGCUGCUCACUCAGUUCCCCAACGCUGAGAAGAUGAAGACCACCACGGCUCCCAGCGAAGAUCUGCGCAUGUCCUCCGGCCAGUAUAUUCAGUGUUUCACGGUGAAGCCCAUGCUGGAGCUCCCGCCGAAGUUCCAGAACAAACCUGUGUCUGAACAGAUAGUCAGCUAUUACACCAUAAAUGAAGUCAAUAAGUUCCAGUACUCCAGACCCGUCCGCAAAGGAGAGAAGGAUCCAGACAAUGAAUUCGCUAAUAUGUGGAUUGAAAGAACAACAUAUGUAACUGCCUACAAGCUCCCCGGCAUCCUGCGCUGGUUUGAGGCUCUGUCCACGUCCACGGAGGAGGUGAGUCCGCUGGAGAACGCUAUAGAGACCAUGCAGCUCACCAACGAGAAGAUCAACAACAUGGUCCAGCGACACCUCAGCGACCCCAACCUUCCCAUCAACCCCCUCUCCAUGCUCCUCAACGGCAUCGUGGAUCCUGCAGUGAUGGGUGGAUUUACCAACUACGAGAAGGCAUUCUUCACUGAGAAGUACAUCCAGGAUCAUCCUGAGGACCAGGAGAAGAUUGACAAGCUGAAAGACCUGAUCGCCUGGCAGAUCCCGUACCUGGCCGAAGGUGUGCGCAUCCAUGGUGAGAAAGUGACAGAAGCCUUGAGGCCGUUUCACGAGCGUCUGGAGGCGUGCUUCAAACAGCUGAAGGAGAAAGUGGAGAAGCAGUACGGAGUGAAAACACUGCCCCCGAUGGCAGACGAGCGUCGUGGAUCCAGGCCUCGCUCUAUGGUGCGCUCGUUUACCAUGCCUUCCUCUCAGAGACCGCUGUCUGUCGCCUCCGUCACCUCCAUCUCCUCAGACACCUCCCCCUCCAGACCAGGAUCAGACGGCUUUGCCCUGGAACCACUCCUGCCCAAGAAGCAGCACUUCAAAUCUCAGGACAAGCUGGACCGAGACGAGCCUGAGAAAGACAAGAAGGACAAAAAGAAGGAGAAGAGGAACAGUAAACACCAGGAUAUCUUCGACAAAGAGCUGAAAGCCGCUGAUAUACCCGCGCAGCCCGCUGAGGCCGUGAUUCUGUCUGAGACGAUCAGUCCACUACGUCCCCAGAGGCCGAAGAGUCAGGUGAUAAACCUGGGGGGAGAUAAGAGGCUCUCGGUGUCUCCGGCUCCUCCUGCUCAGCCAACGGCUUCAUCUGCUCCUCCACCCAUCACCCCCAGACUCAAACUCUCCUUCAGCACCCUCUCCUCCUCCAAUCUGGAGCUGAAUGGGAUGGGCUACGGAGAAAAGGGCGAGACUCCGCCUCCUCUACCAAUCAAAAGCAGCAUGGGUGAUUACGGAAACCUGAUGGAGAACCCGGAGCUCGCCAGCCCGACCACGCCUCCUCCACCUCCUCCACACCAGCGGCACCUUCCUCCUCCACUGCCGAGCAAGACGCCUCCUCCACCCCCACCGAAGACCACGAGGAAGCAGGCGUCCAUCGACUCAGGGAUCGUCCAGUGAGUGCCGAGGAGAAAACGGGUGAAUAGAUUUGGACAGAAAGCUCAGCAUUCCUCCCUCCAGAGCUUUAGCUCCUGUGAUUUGGGUUCACCCUCUCUGACAGUGUGACAGAAUGAAGAGUUCAGCAGAGCGCUCUCAUAAUCUCCACGCUGAAGGACAAGGCUGACCUGUCCAGGGACUCUGUCUCUCACCCACUCAUUAUUAGUCAAAGCCUCAUCCCAAGUGUCAGUGCCAGGUACAAUAUAUAUCAUCUAUUUCUCACCUCCGCCGGCCUGUAAAACCAAAACGCUCUGGUGAAGCAUGCGGCGGCGGCUACCGCCAACAAAUCACGCCUGGACUCAUCCUCCUGCUGAACACGGCGGCGGCUCCUGCCCAGACAAUUUAUCAGCCUGCAGUUCCAGAUUGUCCUUCUCCUUCUUUUCUCCAGUGUGCUGAUAGAGUUGAGAUGAGUCGAGAUUUAUUGAGACAUGCUCUUUUUCUUUCUUCAGUCUUUCAAUUUCUUUUCUUUCUUUUUAUUUCUUCUCUUCCUCCAAUCCAAUCUCAGCUUUUAUGACCAAGACAUGCGACCAACUCGAGUCGAGUCAAACUCAACUCACUUUCCAAAGCUUAUAGGGUUUUUUUUCCUUGUUACAUAAAUAAUCAGAAUUAGAAUCUUUCCGAUUUAUAAUUUCAUGUUUUCGUUCUUUCUUUCCUACAUUUUUUUUUACACAUACAUUUAUACAUUCUCUUUCUUAUUUGCUACUUUUUGCUUUUGUGAUUGAUUGAUUGUGAUAAGAGAUAUGUUUUGCUCCUCUCCUCAAUAUAUACACACACAGAUAUGUACAGAGGUUUGUAUAUAUAUGAUUUGUAUUUUAUUGUUACUCUAUUUUUCUUUUUUUGUUUCAGAAGUGAGGUCAAUUUAUUGUGGCCUUUUUGUAUUAAUAUUAACUUUGCAUCGAAUUAACUGGCAUUUUUAUUCCAAACAGACAAAAAAAAGGGCUUUUAGGAUUUUCAAGGACAGGGACUGUAUAAAAGUACUUCUUAGGAAGUGCGAUACUUUACUGAUUUAUUGAUUUAUAUGGGUGUUUUGUUUUUGUUUUUUCCAUUCCUUCUGCCUUUUCUUUAUUUUUGUUAUUUUUUUUAUUUUUAUUUUUUGGAGUGUACACAACUAACUCCCACUGUACUAUCAUUGUAUAGAAUUUGUAAUGUUGUAACCUUAGGUUUCAAUAAAUUGUUGACUGUUCCAAAUUCACUACUGACUUAAAUAAACUCAAUGUAUGUAUUUUUAAA